GCCGGGACGUGGCGGGGCGGCGGGAGAGGUCAUGGAGGGCGCCACCGUCUCUUCGGUGCGCCACGGAACCUGCGCACGAUAGCUAUGGAGAGCAUGGGCAGCCCAGCUCCGGACAGCGCAGUCCCCUCCGACAGCGAUUUCGGAGUCUCGGGAACAUUCGGGCUGCUGCAGCGCGAAAACAGCGACGAGCAGCCCGAAGAUGAUCCCGAGGGCGCCCAGCGUGGGGCCCGAGUCAGGGACGCUGCCGAUUUACUGCUGAUGCUGAACUACAAUGACCAACACAGCUCGGAAGAGGAGCUGGAGGUGAUAAACAGUCCUAAGGUCGUGGCCACUUCGGGUUACAGACCAGCGACAGCUCCUGAGAAGCGCAAGUGGUCGCAGGUCAGCAACGCCGGCCUGUCGGUGCAGCAGUCGCAACAGCAACAGCCACAGCAGCAGCAGCAGCAGCAAAUGCAGCAGCCCCAGCAGCAGCAGCAAGAGCAGCAGCCACAGCAGGAGCAACAGCAGCAGCAGCAACAGCAACCAGAGCUCGCCAAACAACAGCGACUGGCCCAGCGUCCACUCUGCAGUGUUGCUGGGCCAGUUGCUGCGACCUGCUCGGCUCCUACCAGCAGAGCUGGCAGGGAACCUGCGGGGUCUGGCUCCAGCGAUGAGGAGGUGCAGGGGCUCCUGGGAAGCAGAAGCGGAAGCGGAAGCGUGAUUUCCCACCCGGUCCAAUUCCGCACGUCCCCGCCCUUGGACGCGCACAAACCAGGACGCUCCUUGUCGCCGCCCCCGAAACUGUUCCACGCUUCCUCGAGAGACCCUCGGCCUUCGCCUAGGCCAAGGUCGAGGCCCAGGCCUCACCCCCACCCACAUCCUCACUCCCACCUCCACACCCACCUGGACCACCAUCACCAUCACCAUCAUCACCACCAUCACCACCACCACGGGGAGUCCGACUCCGACGCCCUCAGCGCUUGCAGCCCUCGGAAACGCCACAGGCCACCUCAUCGUUUGCCCAGACCCUGUCUGGACUUCGAGAAGAUGCAGCAGUUGAAGGCACGAGCGGUCACGGCCUGGAGGCACAGCGGCGAACACGGGAGCGAGCUCUCGGUCUUCUGCUGGUGAGAAUGGUGAACCGUGAGCCGCGGAUUUACGCACGUGGAAACGUGCGGAUCUACGGUGAUCGGUGGUCGGAUCUUACCUCAACGUCUAUGGGCUACCGCGGGCACGUGACCGGCCAUGGGGCCUCCGAUUGAUCGAAGACCGGGAUCCAGGGAAACGAGUUAGAGCCUGGUUGGGUAAACAUGGUCAGGGCGGAUCCAAGAAAGUGGGGUAGAUUAAAAGUGAUCCGAGAGGCGGGUCGAGUAGAAGAGUCCGAUUGCUCAAAGACCCUCAUGGGGAUGUUUUGACUCGAGCUCGAGUUAGAGGAACGAAGUCAGGAAGCUGAAGAGGACGCCGAAGAAGCGAGUCCAUGGGUCCUGGAAGUCGAGACCAAGAUGGAGAGGUCGAUGCGGUCCCCAUUCCGAUGCCAGGAUUGGGAAAAAUCCCUCCUAGAUGAGGGAAUCCAUGUCGUGAUGCCGAUUGGAUGGCGGAGUGACUUCGAAACGACUAAAAAAAACGUAUCGUACCCCUGUGCGCGAGUUUUUGGAUAACGAGGUGUUCCACGAGAUUGGCUUCACUCUUAAACUCUACUGUAGGGUUAGUUUACACCGAUCUUUUGGUACGCCCAUCAACGCUGGAGGUUAUUAAACUGCCCGUGUAAACGGUAGUUUAUCGCUUUGGGACGAUACACUGAAAACGUGGGUGCAGUCUUGGCAUCGUUUACACUGAGAGUUUCAUUAAUCCACGCCUUUAGUAUUCCGGCUGAGGGAUAGGUGUAAACUAAGUCUAAACCUUAGGGCUGCUGUCCCGUAAAGGGUACUCGUUUACCCCUGGUAGGGUUUAAGAGUUAAAACCAUGGCGAUUCCGGAGUGCUAGGCAGAAACCGGGAAAAAGGCUAUGGUUAAGAGAGGUAUCGAGACCGGAAGAGUGGAUGUGGUUCGAAGUAGGCCCGAGGGCGCUGAUGGCGCUACUUUAUGCGAAUCGGUUAAGAGCCGCUGUUGGGGUGUCUCAAAUCAUGCUCAAGCAGGAGCGUUAAAUUUUUCGUGCGUUAUAUUACCCUGGUAAUAUAACCAAGAAUUUCUUUCGGAACUAGAAAAUCAUCGUAUGCGAGAAAGGAAUCAGAAAUUCAUGAGACAGUAUUUUCGGAUAAUAAGUACCUCGACUCUAUCGACAUUACGUAUUGAAAGUAAUUUGAUUUAAAUGGAUAUUCUCCCCGAGUUAUCUUGAAUUAUUUUUAAUUCUCUAGGGAGUUUUAAAUUACCGCAACAUUCGUAGAGUUCUAAAUCCAGUAAGUUACGUCAGAAACGAAGAGAAAUUCCCGGUAACUUAUCGGUCAUUUCUCCAAA